UUUCGUGCAAAUUAGAGAGUUCUCACUCCUCUAAAGAUUCUUGCAAAAUUUCGAGAAUUCCAAUCCUAUAACCGAAAAAAUCUUAUCGGUAUGCAAGGACGCACGUGAUUUUCAUGAUUGAUCGCGAUCGGUUGUGAUUGCUUACGAUCGCGAGCAAGGACGAAAUCCAAAAGGAGUCAAAUGGGCGCGAAACGGCGGAGAGUAUUCUCACGAUGCAGACAAAACGCACGAGGAUGUAAGAAUGUUGGAUACACGUUGGAUAAUUUACCGCCGGAAAUCCUAAGUAUUAUCCUGAAAAUGCUGCCAUUGCAUGAUGUAGCUUGCACCGUUCGUCUGGUCUCCAGACGCUGCUACGACGUUGCUGCCACGGUAUUGAACAGCGAAUUUCUAGUGGCUGGCACCAAGCUUGAGAUUGCGAUAAAGCGCACAGAAGAUCUUAUGAACAACGUAAAGACUAACACAGAGUUAGUAGAGUGUAACAAAAUUUUUAACGCACUGGAACUUAUUCGGUCUCAAUAUCGAAUGCUGAAAGCAGUAACAUGGCGAUAUACUCAUACAAGGUCGCGUGACUUAUCCAUCUCUUGCUUCUACGGCGGUAGAAUCCUCGACAGUCUCAAUUGCUUGCUGCGGACGGUCUUCAAUCCUUGCCAAGAGUCAUGCGUCUUUAGUUACAACGACCUGCAGAUCUUUAUGCGCACUUGCGAGAAUUUCAUGGAUCAUUUCGAAAAAGUUACUGAACGCAAAAUAAAUGGAUCUGCGCUGGUUUCGGGAUGUAAGAUAGUCGACGUUCUGGACUGUCUAGAAGAGGGUCGGCAGGUGUUAUCCUUUAGAAUUUCAUCAAGAACAGACAAUCCCAUGGUCAGCAUGCAUCUCAAAUACGUCUUAAGACGCGCAUGGUUCACGUGUUUGCGGGUGCCUAAUGCAAAUAACGAGUAUUGCUGGCGGGACAAACAGCGAUAUAUGUACUUGAGAUUACGUCGACUGGUUGGCAGCUACAACAAGCAUCUGUUUCAUAAACUGCACUAUGAGCGUAAGCUCAUUCUUCGAGCGACGGCACCAUCGUUAGCAUCCCGAAGACUGCCACCAGCCUCCACGUAUUCAGGAUACGGCGAAUACGGCGGACAGUUCUUUUAUUAUGGUAAUAUGAGCAAAUUCGCUUACGAGAAUAGAUUUAAGUACAUCAGGAUUAGUAACGCGGAAAACACCGGCGGAGAAAUCGAAGAGGAAACUAACAGGCCGCCUUGCUUCGACUUGGUCAUUGGAAUCCAAUUAAGAUGUUCGUCAGAAUUAGCGCCACUUGCGACAAGGAUGACUCUGAAAACUGAUAGUCUUGAUAGCUGCUGCACCAAUUCGAAUCAAGAAUUGUAUCUGAAACUAAGUAUAAAAUGCGCGGUGUCCAAGACCAAUAGACUACCAGAUACCUUCACCUGGGAGGUAUGUGAUCCUCGAAAGAAGCGUUUGCAAUUUCGGUGA